AUGAAUCAGAAACAGCGCGAGUUGUAUGAUAAAGUCAAGAAUGCGAGUGGAGAGCUCGGUCUGCAACAGAAUCAGAUUGGCGAUGCUGAAGCGCGGGCGAUUGCUGAAACACUCAAAGUGAACACGACGCUGACGAAGCUAUAUCUGGAUAACAACCAGAUUGGCGAUGCUGGAGCACAGGCGAUUGCUAAGACACUCAAAGUGAACACGACGCUGACUUCGCUCUCUCUGGGUGGCAAUCAGAUAGGAGAUGCUGGAGCGCGGGCGAUUGCUGAAGCGCUCAAAGUGAACACGACGCUGACCGUGCUCUAUCUGGAUGUCAAUCAGAUAGGCGAUACUGGAGCGCAGGCGAUGACUGAAGCACUCAAAGUGAACACGACGCUGACCGAGCUCUAUCUGGAUAGCAAUCAGAUGACCGAUGUGGGAGGACAGGCGAUUGCCGAAGCGCUCAAAGUGAACAAGACGCUGACUAGCCUUUAUUUGUCCCAGAACUUCUUGACCAACACUGGAAUCACUGCACUCAACGAAACAGGCAAUACCGUUUGUAAAUUGGAAGACCUUGACAACCAGCGUGCACCGUCGUCUGCCGACUUGGCUCAGAUUGUAGCUGAGGUUCAGCAAUUGCGCUCCAAACUGGCUGCCCAAGCUCCAAACUGGCUGCCAAAGACCAGGAGCUAGCGGCCAACAAGCAGGAGCUCGCGACCAAAGACCAGGAGCUCGCGACCAAAGACCUCCGAUCUGAAGUCAGCUCUUGAUCGAAUUGACGUAUUUGAGCGCAACGAACCCCCCGUUGGAUCCUCAUCGAACUUUGACUCAUCGAACUUUGACGGACCAAUCCCGCCAGUUUCUCUCGCAACUCUUGUCACCGCGACGAACAAUUUUGCUGCCGAUUCACUUUUGGUCGCGUGUACUCUGCCAUUAUGCCUGGCACUCGUGUUGCCAUCAAAAAGCUGUCCGCCGAAUCCAAGCAGGGCGCUGCCGAGUUCAAAUCUGAACUGGACUCUUUGUCGAAAUUCCGCCACGCAAACAUUAUUGCUAUUCUGUCGUAUGCUGAGCAAGGCGAUGAGCGAUGCUUGGUGUACGAGUUCAUGCCAAACGGUUCUGUUCGUGAUCGUCUCAGCCUCAAGAAUGAUAGGCCUCCGCUGACCUGGUCGCAACGCCACCGCAUUGCUGCCGAUGUCUCCCGCGGCAUGCACUAUGUCCAAACCGCCUUCCCUGAUCAUGUUCUGUUCCACCUCGACCUCAAGACGGACAAUGUUCUGCUAGACGCAUACCUUAAUGCGAAAGUGUCUGAUUUUGGCUUGGUUCGUGCUGCCCUACACCUCGAUGAAAAGAGCUACCUUCGCACACAGAACGUUCAAGGUACCUUGGCGUACAUGUGUCCUGAGUUCUUGGAGGAAGGCCGCAUGACUCCCAAGACGGAUGUGUAUGCCUUUGGCAUGAUUCUGCUGGAAUUGCUGACUGCACUCAAGCCUGGCAACCGCCUGAAAGGAGAGACGCGAAAGGCUGUUAAAAAUCAGAAAUUCCUUGACAUGCAGGACCCGGCCUUGAAACCAACCGAAGCCGAGCGCCAAAGCAUCAGCGAGGUUGUCACUCUCGCACUCGAGUGUCUUGAUGAUAUUGCUGACGAUCGCCCAUCCUUUGGUCGCCUCAUUGCUUCAUUGGACCUUUGA